UUUCAGAACCAUCUCGUGUGGUCAUUAACUGCCAACGUCCAACCCUUGAAUAUGAUUUUUUCUCACCUCAGUCUCCAUUCCCUUCCUCAAUUUUCAUUUCUUACCACCACCACCCAUGCCCACUUUUGCUUAUCCAUCUCUCUCUCUGUGCUCACACCAUUACAGCCCAUGCACCAUUAUUCUUUCACCUCCUCCUCCACCACCAACACCACCACCACCACCACCACCACCAGCAGAGCUCCCCUUUCUCUCAUGUUCCACUUGUUCUCCUAUUGGCCCAGUUCACAUAAAUUUCUUUACUAGCAGAGCACCUGCUGCUGCUGCUUUGGCUGCCUCUGUGCAAUACUAGACAGAGUGACACAGUCAUGCUUGUAAUGUUGCAGCAACCUUCGAGACACCACAAGAAGUUACAACUCAAUCCAGCAAAGACAACCCUUCUCGUUUUGCUUUGUUUUCUGUUCUUCUCUUCCUUUCCCAAGCCCCACCAUGCCUGCCAGGAUCUUGAUCGAAUGUCUCUGUUGUCCUUCUCCCACAACCUCUCAACUCCUCUGAAUUGGUAUUCUUCUUCUUCUUCUUUCUUGGAUUGCUGUCAUUGGGAAGGUGUUAAUUGCGAUGGCACCGGUUGGGUCACCACUCUAUCACUUCCCUACAAAGGACUCAGAGGACCCUUCUCUCUAUCUCUUGCUAACCUCACUCACCUCUCUUUCCUCAAUCUCUCUCAUAAUUUCCUAUCCGGACCCCUUCCACCUUCCUUCCUUUCCUCUUUUGAUCAGUUACAGACCCUUGAUUUGAGCUUCAACAGAUUCUCCGGUGAAUUACCAGCUUCAGCUGUAUUACCCAACCUUCCUUUGUCUCCUCUGUCUCUGCAAUUUCUUGAUUUAUCAUCAAAUCUCUUUCAUGGAGACUUUCAGUUAUCAUUCCUUGGAAAGGCUUCGAAUCUUUCUAUGCUCAACAUCAGCAACAAUAGCUUCAUUGGUAUCAUUCCUUCUUCAAUAUGCCAGAAUUACACUUCCCUUAAGCACUUGGAUGUCUCCUUGAAUGGCUUCAGCCACGAGAUUCCUUCAGGGCUUGGUAAUUGUUCGCAGCUGGAGGUGUUCAAAGCAGGUUGGAACCAACUUACAGGACCCUUACCCAAUGACAUCUAUCAUAUACUUUCUCUGCAGCAGCUUUCCGUUCCCUGCAACAACAUAUCAGGAACCAUAGAUGGAACUAAUCAGAUGGUUCGCCUCAUCAAUCUCUCUGUUCUUGACCUUUCCUUCAAUCAAUUUACUGGGCAACUCCCUCAGGAUAUUGGGAAUCUGACGAAAUUGGAACAGUUAGCCCUUCACAUGAACCACCUCAGUGGUCCUCUGCCUCCAUCCUUGACGAAUUGUAUCAAUCUCAGGGUCCUGAGUUUUAGUAUGAAUGAGUUCCAAGGGGAAUUAUCCGCCAUUGAUUUCUCCAAACUCAUCCAUUUGAACACUCUGGACUUGGCAGUAAACAACUUUUCUGGUAAUCUACCAAUGAGCCUAUACUCCUGUACAUCCUUAACUGCAAUCCGACUCAGUAAGAACAAGCUCCAGGGACAAAUCCAGCCUGAAAUACUUGCAUUGAGAAACCUAUCUUACCUCGCAAUUUCGGUCAAUCGGUUCACCAACAUUACUGGUGCUUUACACAUUUUGAUGCAGAGCAGGAACCUCACCACCCUUCUACUCACAGAGAAUUUCAAUGGAGAAGCAAUUCCAGUCGACAUAGAUGGAUUCGAAAAGAUCCGGGUUCUGGGUAUUGGUGGUUGUCAGCUCACAGGCCAAGUGCCCAACUGGUUAAUUAAUCUAAGGAUGCUGGAAGUUUUGGAUUUGUCUAUAAAUCAGUUGACAGGUUCAAUCCCUGGGUGGUUGGGAACACUUCCAAGACUCUUCUAUGUAGACUUGUCUAAUAACUUUCUUACAGGAGAAUUGCCCAAGGAGUUUACUGCGCUGCCUACUCUGGCCCCAUCAGAUCAGUCUGCUCAGGCUUAUCUUGAGCUACCCAUCCUUGUCAUUACCCAAAGUUCAAGGGCACAAGUUUACAAUCAGCUCUCCAGGUUACCCCCCGCGAUAUACCUGAGAAACAACAGCCUUAAUGGCAGCAUUCCUCCAGAGAUUGGUCUGCUGCAGAACCUUCAUAUACUAGACCUCAGCUCCAACAAGUUCUCUGGUGAGAUUCCUGAUGGGCUAUCUAAUCUCACCAACUUGGAAACUUUGGAUCUUUCAGGGAACAACCUUACCGGGACGAUUCCAGUGUCACUGACUGAGCUACAUUUCUUGUCUUGGUUUAGUGUUGCAUAUAACAAUCUUGAAGGACCUAUACCAUUGGGAGGUCAGUUUGAUACCUUCUCUCCCUCUAGUUUUGUUGGGAAUCCAGGGUUGUGUGGUCCUCCGGUGAACCGGUUUUGCCAUGAUCAAGAUGGGGAAACCACCACUUAUACUCCUGCAACCAGCAAUGGCACCAACUUGAAACACCUUUUGUUAGUUAUUGGAAUAUGCAUUGGGUGUGUUUCUUUGUUCUGUGUGCUUACUCUCUUGAUUAUAUUAAGGAUCAAACUCAGAGGAGAGGAGAGUAACAAGAUUCAUUUGGAACUCAGUUCAUGCAGCUCAGAUGGUGGCGUAGCUCCUCAUAAAGUGGGGAAUUCCAGUCUAGUGGCUUUCUCUAAGAACUGUAAAUGAUUCAAGGAUUUGAAUGGAUGUUCGACUGUCCUAAGGUUAUUAUGCUUUAAAUUGUUUAGCAGCUAAGGAUAAAACUUGACACUCUGUUCAUAUGGUUCUUGGUUUAUGUUUUGUUGAGAUGAUGAUUCCAAACACAAAUCGUGAAUGGAUAUCGAACAAGAUCCUCAUUAAUGAAUUACAAUUUGUCCCUAGACUUGAAAAAUCCUUAUCAUUAUGUUAAAUAUUAUGUGUUUUGAUCUACCAA